AUGGCAUUGCCGAAAAGCAAUAUAAAAGAAAAAAGUCUCUCUCUCUCUCUCUCUCUCUCUCUCUCUCUCUCUCUCUCUCUCUCUCUCUGCACGCUGAUGCCGGCUAUCAUUGAUUUUUCCGGGCAUCCCGAAAACGAGGAAGAAAGAGGAGGAGGUGUUGAGACUGAAAGAAUCGAUGAUGAUACUGACGAAUACGACGAUGAUGAUGCUGAGUUUCGACGAAACCAACGCGGCAUCAGCAUCAGUCAACUAAAAAGGAAACAAUUUCUAAAAACUCUUUCUCUCUCUCUUCUAUCUAUCUAUCUAUCUAUCUAUCUAUCUAUCUAUCUCACGCACAUAUUUUUGGAUUUUUCCUCUAUCUACAUGCUGAUGCCGGCUAGUAUACAAAAGGAAACAGCGAUCGUGGGUACAGUUGCCAGACCCCCACAUUUAAACUCAAGCGACAAUACCUCAUAUAUUUUCUUCAUAAAUUGCUGCUUCUAUUAA